GACUUUUAUAUUAGUAUGGAUAUGGAACAUAUUAACCAUCAUAUGACAGAAAAUAAUACAAAUCAUGAUCAUCAUUUAACUUUAAAUACAGAAUCAUUAGUAACAAAUUUGAUAAACAAAGUAGUUGAAAAUUCUUCCCAUUUAAUAACUGAUGCGUUUAAUCAAACAAACGAUUUGAUCACCGAAUCUUUAACUACUCCAAUCUUUAAUCAUCAUGAUCAUGGAAAUGUGCAUGAUAUGCACUCAUCCAUUCCACAUAUAAAUUCUUCACAACAUUCACAUGCUAAUCAUUCAAUGCACCAACCAAAUCAUCAUAAUAUGGGUGGUGGACAUGCAAUGACAUUUCACGGCGGCCACCAUCAGGUGCUAUUUUUCGACGCUUGGAAAAUAUCGACACCUACAACCCUAUUCUACGCCUGUUUAGGCGUGUUCGUAUUUUCGGUGCUUUACGAGGGUCUCAAAGUUUUCAGGGAACACCUGAUGUCCCAUCCUUUAUUCGCUUCCUCCAGACGAUACCCUUCCCUUUUCUCCAAAGUUUUUCACGUCUCCCAAAGCGGCGAUGCGGGUAUGGGCAAAAUUCGUCACGAGAGCGGUUGUUGCGCGACGCGACUCCGACCCGAGCAACACGUUUCUCGGCAUAUGAUAGUCGGGGACGGGGUGGACGAUUCUCCGCCAUACAAUAAGUUCCAGGAGGAUAAUGGCCCAACAAAGAACUAUUCCGACUUCAACGUACAAGGUUUCAGGUCUUGCGAUUGCAAAAGCAGCCCGACAUUUUCCUUAUUCGAUCACAUACUCCAAUCCUUGAUUCACAUCGUCCAAACCGGCCUGGGCUUUAUGUUAAUGCUGAUAUUCAUGACCUUCAACGUUUAUUUGUGUCUAGCACUCUUGUUGGGAGCCGGGUUCGGUUACUUUUGCUUCGCCUGGAAACGCAGAAUCGCCAUAGUGGACGUCACUCAACAUUGCAAUUGAUUGACAGCUCUAUCCCCCCGCUUUUAUAUUUACACAAGAAUAAAUGUAUAACAAUCCCCACCCCACCUUCCAUUUAUUAUAAGUCCUUGUUUUUUUUUUCUUAUGAUUUUUGGAUAAUUUCCGCCAUUUUAUAUACUUUCCAAAAUAUCGAGUCAGAUUUGAGGGGGCAAUAUUUUAGUUUUAAAAGAAAAACUCAAAAAUUUAAAAAUACUUUUGAUGUUAUAAAUUUUCGCUUAUAAAUUUUUAUAAAUAAUUUAACAAUAAAUUAAUUAUUUGUUAGAAAAAAAAAAUUGUUUCAAAUAUAAAUAUUUUAUUGAAACAUUUUACAAUAAAAAAUAUUUAUUUUAAUUAAAAUACUUUAUAAUUAUUAUAUAUUUUUUUUAAAAAAAAAUAUUGCUUUCCUUAUAAAUCCCCUACUAAUUUUCCUUAUUGAAGGCCACGUCAUCCUUUAUGACCGGAAAUGAGUUUGUCGCGAAAUAAACUUUUGCGACAUUCUCUCUAAUUGCUUACUUAUACUUUUUAUUGUUUAUGAUAAUGCGAUUGAAAAAAAUAUCUGUCCAAAAUAUAAUUUUUUAGCAAAAUGCGAAAAAAAAAAAUUUUUUUUAAAGCGAAUAUAGCAAUUAUAUAUAUAUUAUUAAUUAAAACAUUUAUUUUUUUGGAUUUCGCAAAAAAUAAAAUUAUUAUUAAUUUUUUUUUCUAAGAAAAAUGCACUCGAAAUCAAAGUCUUUCUUUUUAUAUUACAUAUAUUAUAUUUAUUUUUAUUUCAUUUUGCUAUGGGCCAAAAAUAAAAAAAUAUUUUGUUUUUGUGUA